GACUGUUCACAAGAAAGCAUACGAACUCUCGGAGUUAUGCGGUGUCGAUGUUUGCAUCAUCUGCUAGGACCGUGAUGGGAACCUCGUCGAGACUUCAUCGGAGGAAGCUCAGGUUAAAGCCAUGGCCGAGCGAUUUAGCAGGUUAAGCGCACAAGAACGGAACAAGAAAAGCACAAACUUCUCUCUGUUUCUUAACAAGAAGAUGAUGGACGAGAAGAAAGCAUCUCUCAAAGCAAACGACAACAAAUUCUCCAAGAAAGUGUUAGUGAUUGAGGAUUCCUUGGAGAGUCAGUUAACGAUAUUCCGAGAAAAGAUGCGAGGCUCCCUUCUUCAAUCUGGUCAGGAUCAUGAUGAUCAUGGAGUUGUUUUAACGGAUCUAGGUUCUAAUUCCUCGCUAAUUAAUGUGGAUCAAUGUCAACCAAUCUUGAUGAAUCAUCUGAGUACCCCUGCUGAUUUACCUACUACAUCUUCUUCCUCCUCCUCGUUGAAUCAGCCGAGCAAGUUCUCAGUCUUGUUAUUUAACCAUGACAAUGGCACUUUCACACAAUUGGCCAACACCUCUGCUCUUCCUAGCUUUGAACAAGGGGAGAUUCCGUGUAAUCAAGAUCUGUAUGGAACUAAUUACAUGGAUCUAUUACUGGGGGAACAAGGAAUCAGAAGCUGCAACAACUUUCAUCUUCCCAUCUCUACCUUUCCUCAUCCAAUGAUGCACACUAAAACCCCAAUUUUCCAGCAGUUUGAUCAUCAGUUUAUGCAGACACAACAGGGGAUUCCAUACAAUCAGACGCUAUCUUCUGGCUAUCCAACAAUGAUGAUCUCUUAGGCCUCUCUUGCUUCAAGAACAGGAUAGUUGUUGACUAUUGUCAAACACUUUAUUAUUAUCUUUCUGUUUUGCUAUUUCUCAAUUGUGUAUCAUAUUAAAGUUGUAAUUUUGCAACCAUCAUAUUUGCCUAGUAUAAAUAUUAUGUUCCAGUUCUGUAAUUGCUCUGUCUUUACUUAGAGAUAUAAAUUUACCAGAAUCAUCUUUU